AUGUUGAUAUCAAUCUAUAAUGUAAAAGAUUGUUUAGAAUCGUUGACAAAUGAAGAGAUUAUGGUGUAUAGAUUUCGUGCUUAUUUAUCUCCACUACUUGCAUUGAUUGGUAUACCAGCGAAUAUUUUAGUUAUUUUAAUAUUUAGUAUAUUAGAAAGAAAAGAAUCAUGCCGUUUUAAUCUUUAUGCUAUAUGGAUGGCAUUUGCACAAUUAGUUCAACAUAUUCUUAAUACAUUGAUUGAUGAUUUUUUAGGUCGUGGAUUAAAAUGGGCAACUGGUUGUCGUUUAUGGUAUCAAGUGGAUACAUAUUCAUCAUUCACAUGUAAAACAUUAACUUAUCUAUCUGAUGUGUUUGCAUUGAAUACAUCCUUUAUUCUAAUAUUGUUCAGCAUUGAUCGUGUAUGUUCAAUCUAUAUUCCAAAACGUUGUGAACAAACAUUACAUUUAGGUAUUGCUAAAUUAUGUAUAUGUAUUAUUUAUAUAAUCAGUUUACUAUUGAAUAUACCACAUUUAAUAUAUGCAGAUUUAAAAUAUGAUUCAGAUAAUGAAAUCAAUUGUCAGUAUGUUGAUCCAAUUGCUGCUGGAGUGAAAUAUGUUUUAUACCUUUAUAUUACUGGUGUAACAUUAUUACCAGCUUUAUUGAUUUUUAUAACGAAUAUUUUAAUUUCUUAUCAAUUGAAAUCAACUAUUAAACGCUCUAAAUUGAUUGGUUAUCAUGAUAAACAUUCAUAUAAUGAAUUAAGUAAAGUGAUUACUCAUUUAGCUAUAAGUAUUAUGUUUACUUGUCUAUCUAUGCCAUUGGUUAUUGUAGUGAUAUUACGACAAGAAGUACAUUUUAAUAAUUUUGAAAUAGAUUAUCCAAAUUAUGCUUCAAAAAUUAUACAAUUAUCAAAAUUAUUUAGUUCAUUAGAAUCUUUCAAUAAUACUUUUGAAUUUUUUCUCUAUUGGGCUUUUUUACCAGUGUUUAGGAAAACAUUGCAUAGGAUAGUAUCAAAGCAUUGUUUAUCAAUUUUAUGUAAUUGUAAGAAGAUGAAUCAUGAUGAUAAGAAUUUAAAUGAGAGGAAAAAUACUCUAACUAAUAAUAGUAUCAUUCAUAUUAAAGAUAACCAAACUUAUAAUAUUCACGAUAAUAGUAACAAUCUGUUAUACGAUU